AUGCCCACUGCUAAGAAGUAUGCUGGAAUCAAGAAGCUAAAAAUAUCUGAAGCCGACAAAAUAGCGAUUCGCCCAUCGUAUGAGAAGUAUCGCUAUGAGACAGCAGCUGAUGAUGAUGUUUAUGAUGAUGAAUAUGAUGAUGGUUAUGAGCAAAGAGAAUUCAAGGUUGAACCUCUGAAUGCACAAUCAACUUCGGAAGAAAGUGAUGAAGAAGAAUCGGAAGGAACCGAUAGCGCUUUGGCACCCCCGCAGCAGGGAAGACCCACACGAGGACGUGGAGGAGGAGUUACCACCUACAGGAGGGGUGGUGGGGCAGGGACGCAAAAAAGUGGAGGAGGCGAAUCAUCUGGUGCUGCUGCAACAAGUAAGCUUUUGUGAUU